UCCGCCUCAAGUCGCCACCUCAAGGAUGGGACACUUUGAAAGCAUUUGCAUAAAGUGCUAAAAGGGGAGAGUUGUCAGAGCACAGAAAGUGAUUGCUACCAACACAGGGGAGGAACACAACACGCACACAACCUACCUGAGCACUGAGUGCAGGCCACCUCACGCUAAAGAAAGAAAUUAGGAGAGAAAAACUACUCUGGACUCAGAAGUAUGCUUCUUCAUGAUCUGUGAGGGGACACAGGGACACAUGACGACACCUUGUUUGCAGGGCGAUUGAGGAGUCGAGGGCAAAGCAGGAGGAGGUGGAGCGAGGAGGAGAGGGAAGAAUCCAGAAAGGGACGGAUCUCAGCAAUUUGGACAAUAUUCCUAAAGAUGGAACAGUCUCUGCAGUUUUGGCACACACAGGUUGAGCCGCAGGCGGCUACUGACGAACCCCAAAAGAAAAUGUCAAUGGUGAGCCAGCUGGAGUGCCCCAUCUGCUACAACACCUACGACAACGUCUUCAAAACGCCCAAGUUGUUGGCGUGUAGCCACACCUUCUGCCUGGAGUGCCUCUCCCGCCUCAUGGCCAUCUCGGCUCCGGAGCAGGACGGUGUCAACCAGGGGGUGCCGCCCCUUUUAUGCCCCUUCUGCCGCCAUAGCACCGCUUUGCCGGAGGGGGGGCCGCCUUCUCUGCCCACCAACCACGAAAUGCUGCACAAGUUACCCGGCCACCAGCAGCAGGAGGAGCCCGUUUGGCUGGACGGCGAGAAGUUGUGUUACAAAACCUCCAGGCCGGCCUCCGACAGCAUCUCGGCCUUGUGCAUCUGCAUCGACAUUGGCGCCGACAAGGGAAAUGGUUCUCCGAUCCAGACCCCGCCUCAAAGGUCAGGCCUGCUGGACCGGCUGGCGGACUGGAAGCGGAUGAUGCUCUUCGUGGUCCUGAUGGUGCUGUUGGUCGUUGUGGUGCUCUGGCCGCUGCAGUGCGUAUUCAGCACCGGAAACAUGCGUUGUAUGCAGAUGGGCCAACCGAACCGCACGGCCACAACGACGGUCGCCGCUUUUAACCCACUGAACAGGCCUGCAGGUCUAUCAAAAUAGAUGUGAACGCUAGGCCGCUGGGCUUGAUUGUGUAUAAUUUGUGGAUCACAGGAGUGAGCUUCUGAAGAAACAUUUUCACUUGUGAUGAUGCACUGUGCGUGUUGGACACUUCUCAUUUAGCAGCACUUGACCAAGAGGAGGCCACCAAAUAGUGUGCAUCCCAAAAUCCAUUUUUCCCCCCUUCAAAACACGACUCCUCCUAGUGGUAAUAUGGGAAAAUACACGAUGCUCCACAUUUUCACACUUUUUAGGGAAACGAUGUCACCGUUCAUUGAAAAGCACAUGUCCAAAUUUUGCGGGCUUCAAGUAACUCCAUAUACUGUACUUAAUCCCAUGGGGGAAAUGCAGAUAGCUUAUUAUUGCUGUCUUGGACGAUACAAAGAAGUUCUAGCUACAUGUAUAUAAAUAAAAUGUGAAAUUUAAAGGAUGCUUGCUAGCUAUUUGUCUAAUCUGUGACAGAUUUGGAUGCACAUGGUUUCAUUGGAGAAACAAUUUGAAGGUUUUGGACCGUUUAACCUCUCAACUGUAUUAAAGCAGCCUGGCUUACUUAAUGUAUUACAGUUGCAUCAUGUUUGAAUUUAAAAUGGGACUUUUUUUUUUAGCCUUAAAAUACUUCAUUUACUCAUACUUAAUUUUUUUCAUACAGUAAAUGAAAGGAGAAAUAAAAUGGUGCUUGAGAUUCCCUUUCCUAAUUACUUUAUUCCAAUUAAAACCACCCUUUGACAACACGA